AAGGGACGAAAAUAUUUUCAAAACCUAAAGUUACAUAGACACCAUCACAAUAUAGAUGGCGCUAAAUAACAAAAGGGGCCACAUGGCAUACUUACAACCCAGUCUUGUGUUACUGCUGACACUGUCUCUCUCUACCAUCGCAGUAGACCGAGGAAACUUCAAAACAUGUGACCAGAGUGGAUUCUGCAAACGGCAACGAGCUACCGAGCCCAAUAAAUCCCCCUAUGUUGCUGUGCUAAGCUCAAUCAACAUUCAACCCACACAGCUCUCUGUGCAACUUCUUAACAAAAACACAAAUGUGCGUCUCAACCUGCAAGUUAUAGCCAUAAAAGGCAACAUUGCAAGACUAAGAGUGACAGAGACAAAUCCUCUUAAGCCACGCUAUGAGAUUCCAGUGGGUGAUGUUCUUGUGGAUGAGCCUGUCCAACAGGGUUUGGAAGUUCUGUCCAAGGAUUCAAAGAGUGUAACUGUUGGUUUCCUUGACAACAAGAUUGCUAUCCAAUCAGAUCCAUUCAGGAUUGACUUCAUUGUGCGUGGGGAACCAGUCCUCAGUGUAAAUUCUAGGGGUCUAAUGAACUUUGAACACAUAAGGGAGAAAGCUCAACCCCCAGAAAAGGCUGGGGAGGAAGAAGAGAAGAAGGAAGAGCCCAAGGAAGGAGAUGGGGAAGAGCAGGAAGAAGUAUUGGACGAUGAUGAUGACGACGAUGAUGAUGAUGACAAUAAUGAUGAUAAGAAUAAUGAUGCAGAGGGCGAGGAGCCUGGAAUGUGGGAGGAAACAUUCAAAACACACAAAGAUACAAAACCAUUAGGUCCAGAGUCCAUCGGUUUGGAUUUCUCCUUUCCUGGGUUUGAACAUGUGUAUGGUAUACCUGAACAUGCUGACACACUGGCUCUCAAGUCAACCACGUCAACAGAUCCAUACAGACUAUACAACUUGGAUGUAUUUGAGUAUGAGCUGGACAAUCCUAUGGCCCUCUAUGGUGCAGUACCAUAUAUGAUAGCCCACAAUGAGAAGAGAACAGUUGGCUUAUUCUGGUUGAAUGCUGCAGAGAUGUGGGUAGACAUUACAUCAGUCACUGCUGACAAGAAUGUGUUGUCCAAAAUGGUAGACUUUGUUGCCGGGGGAGAUGAGAUGCCCCAGAUUGAUACUCAUUGGUUUGCUGAGAGUGGCAUCAUUGAUGUGUUUGUGCUGCUUGGCCCCAGUGCUAAUGAAGUCUUUAAACAGUAUGCUUCCCUUACUGGAACCACUGCACUUCCACCUCUGUUCUCAUUGGCUUAUCACCAAUCCAGAUGGAACUAUAAUGACCAAGAUGAUGUGAGAAAUGUUGAUGCUGGGUUUGAUGCAAACAAUAUACCAUAUGAUGUCAUCUGGCUGGAUAUUGAACACACUGAUGGAAAAAGAUACUUCACCUGGGACACUGGACGGUUCCCCGAAUCCGCUGAGAUGAUAAAGAACAUUUCCUCCAAGGGUCGUAAAAUGGUGACAAUCAUUGACCCCCACAUCAAACGUGACAGCAACUACAAGAUACAUCAGGAGGCAGAAGCCAAGGGAUAUUACGUCAAGAAUAAAGAUGGAAAUGAUUAUGAUGGCUGGUGCUGGCCAGGUUCCUCCAGUUGGUUGGACUACACCAACCCUGAGAUCAGAGACUACUGGGUUGAGAAGAUGUCCCUUGAAGAAUACCAGGGCUCCACAUUAGAUCUGUAUACCUGGAAUGACAUGAAUGAACCAUCUGUGUUCAAUGGGCCUGAGAUUACCAUGCACAAAGAUGCCCUGCACUUCAACAACUGGGAACAUAGAGAUGUACAUAACAUAUAUGGCAUGUACCAACAAAUGGCUACUGCCCUGGGGCAGGUGAAGAGGUCUCAGGGCAAGUUGAGGCCAUUUGUCUUGUCCAGGGCCUUCUUUGCUGGUACUCAGAGAUGGGGUGCUGUAUGGACUGGAGAUAACACGGGAGAGUGGGGACACUUGAAGGCUAGCAACCCCAUGCUACUGAGUUUGAACCUGGCAGGGAUCACAUUCAGUGGGGCAGAUGUUGGUGGAUUCUUCAAGAACCCAGACACUGAGCUGCUAACCAGGUGGUAUCAGGCUGCAGCUUACCAACCAUUCUUCCGAGCCCACGCUCACAUCGACACUCCACGUCGUGAGCCUUGGUUGAAACCUGCAGAGCACUUAGAUGCCAUACGUGAGGCUAUUAAGGCUCGUUAUGUGCUUCUGCCCUACUGGUACACAUUGUUCUAUCUAUCUGAGACCUCAGGGGCCCCUGUUAUGAGACCUAUGUGGGUGGAGUUCCCUGGAGACAAAUCUGUUUUCUCUAUAGAGGACCAGUAUAUGGUUGGGUCUGGUUUGCUAGUACGCCCAGUGACAGAACAGGGUGCCGUUGGAGUUACUGUAUAUUUCCCGGGCACAGACCAGGUUUACUAUGAUGCUGAUACUUACAAGGCCUUCCCUGGGGGCCAAAACACAUACAUUCCAGUUACUUUAAAUAAGAUUCCAGUAUUUUAUAGAGGAGGCAAUAUAAUUGCCAGAAAAGAGCGUGUGAGACGCUCAUCAAUACUAGGUCGCCUUGACCCAUAUACACUAGUCAUUGCCCUCAAUAAACAGGGCCGAGCUAGUGGUGACCUCUAUAUAGAUGACUAUCAAUCAUUCAGUUAUAAAAAUGGAGAAUUCAUACAUCGAAAAUUUACAUUUGAAAAUAAUAAACUAACUAAUAGUAAUGCUGAUAGCAGUGGCAGCUUUGAGACUGCUUCAUGGCUUGAACGUGUCCGUAUUGUAGGACUCAACAGAAGGCCAUCAAAAAUUCAAAUCACCUCCUCAAGUGGCACAACAGAACUUGAGUUUAAAUAUGACAAUAAUAAUGAUAUGCUCACUAUACGCAAACCUAGUAUCAAUAUAGCUCAAGACUUCACCAUCACCCUGCAGUAGAUGUGCAACACAUAACUGAUAUAUAGAUGCGUUUCUAUAGCAACAGAAUGUUGUUUAAGGGCCAGGUCAAAUGAAUAAUUUUUCUUGAAAUGAUUAAAUCUUAUUGAACAUUAAAGUGACAUUAUUUUUUACUUAAUGAAAUGCAAUGAAACCUCACUUUUUCUCCACCCGCUAUUGUAAUUAAGCCUGCAAAAUGACUUACAAGUUGAGAUUAGAUCUGGCCCUCCAUAUAAAACAGAACAUUAGAUAUUAGGACAUGAAUUUAUGUCAUGGUCUUGUAUUUUCUCUAAGAGAAUUAAAAUUGAUGUAUUGUCUUGAUUUACUCAGUAUUGUCACAUUCACUCAUUGCCAUCAUUUUAUUAUGCACAGUGUACCAUAAUAUAAAUGUUUCACCAAUCAGUGUACAAUAAUCAUUACUACACAUGGUGAAGUCGAUUUGUACAAAUAUGGCAAAGUGUUCAGCGCCAUCUUUUGAUAAGAAAUUAUGAGCCCAAUUGCCAAGUCCACAAAUAUCUGAAGAUAACUAGUCUUGUGUAUUUUUCAAAACUCAGCAUUUUAUCAAUUUAUUUGUACAAGGGCUGUUCAGUUUAUAUGCAUAUUAAGAUAAUCAGCAUAUAUAUGAGAACAAUACUAAACAUGCAUAUUUAUUGAAUGACCCGUAAUAAUGAACAAGUCAAUACAAUAGACUAUCAUAUUGUACACUUGGAGUAUUGAACAAUGUUAGAAUGUCUCAGAAAAUCAUGAAUUACUUUUGACAAAGGGUAUAUAGUGUAUAUAAAAUGCUGAAUGUACUUUAACAUUAUUACAGUUGUAUAAAAUACUUCAGUUUGAUUGACUUUUUCUUAGAAUUGUUUGUAAUUGUUAAGCUAUCAUGUACUUAUAAAACACUGAGGCAUUCUGUUCAUGAUGAAGUACAAAUCAUACAUGAUUAUAGUCAUGUGGAAAUAAUUUGACUUUCUGAUCAGAAAUAAAAGCAAUAUAAUGAAAAAAAUUGCCAUAUAAACUGAAUACUAAUUUGCCAAGUGUAAUUUCCUUUUUUGCCAAAUGGUUGUGAAUGGAGGGUUUGUUUGCAUUCUCUGAAAGAGAAUUCCACAAAAAACGAAUAUCAACUGAGAAAGGUUCUCAUGGCCAAAUAUGGGUACAUGUUUACUAUGCAGAUUUCAGUGCUAUUAAAUAUUAAUUUUUAAAAAAGUAGAAUUGUCUGUUUUCAUGUAUUAAAGUAUGUAUGGUUAAUUGACUAAGAGCUGUUUAUUUGUCAUUCCAAAUAUGGUUGAAAAUAUAAGUUAUUGAAUGAUUUG